AUGGAAGCAUCACCCGAUGUGCACAUCCCGCCGCAUGGACUUGCUGCAUCGGAAGCGCCGGCGCACGGAGAGGCCGACGGAGCGUUGCGAUGCUCUGCUCCUUCCGCGCUGAUCGAGGCGGUGAUAGAGGGGAUCCACAUCUCCUGGUGGGGGAUGCUUGGGACACUCAGCAGGAUCUACCUCGACGUGCUGUUCUUCGACUACCUCAACAUUACGUCUCCUUCCGGCGCUCUCUUUCUUGAUUGGCCGGCCAACGUGAUGGGAAGUUGGCUGGUGGGUCUGGUCAUCGGGCUCUCGACGGAGAUAGCAGACGAAGUUCCUUUGAUAGCCAACUUCGUUGAGUAUGGGCCCCAGUUGCAGGUCGGGCUACAAACUGGGUUCUGUGGCUGCAUCACGACGUACGCGUCUUGGAACCACCAGAUGGUCUCGAUUCUCGUCCUUUCAGGCUCUCAAUUCUGUGUGGGUCUUGCCGGGUUCGUGCUGGGCCUUCACUCCAUCAUGGCAAGCUACUCGAUCGGGGUGCAUAACGCCAGGCUCGUUGCUCUCUAUGUCGGGGGAACUCGUCUGGCAGAAAAGCAUCGAGAGAUAGGGAGCAGCCGAUCUUGGAGUCAGAAUGCGAGUAGACCAUCACCUCACCACGACCUUCCUGAGAUCGCCAGCCUGUCUCAGAGCAGAAGAACGUGGACCAUCAUUGUCUCCUUCCUCCUUGUCCUAAGCCUUGCUGCAAGCAUCACUGGAUGGGCUGUUGAGAAAGAGGAGGGCAAAGGCUACUGGGCUGCUGUCACUCUUUCUCCUAUUGGUGCCCUGGCACGAUGGCAACUUGGGAAGCUCUACAACAAGAGGAUCCGAUUCAGCGGGAACAAUGCGCCCUUCUUUCCUCUUGGAACUUUCAUUGCUAACAUGAUAGCCUCCCUCUUCAGGAGCCUCAUCGCUGCCAUUAUUACUGACAGUCCUACGGAGCUCAACCCAGCCGUUCUGGCAGCAUGCAGCGGGAUCAACACAGGGUUGCUGGGAAGCCUGAGCACAGCGAGCACUUUUGCAGCUGAGAUCUCCAAGCUUGUAGACUUCACCCCUACAGAUCUUCGCAACCUCGGAAAGACUGGCUACUACGGCUACCUCUACGCCUCCGUCUCCAUCGUUAUCAGGUGA